UGAAAGUUCACGCCGGUGCCUGUCUUAUUUGCUGGCGGAAUUGAUAUAGUCGAAAGAGAGAGAGAGAAAGAGGGGCAUUUCCACCUGGUCUUUCCCCCCCCGCCCCGCCCUCCAUGGCGACUCGCUGGCUCCGGGAAAUUUGGCAACUGGGAGUGCGGGGAGGGCUGAGACCGAGGGCGACCGCGGCUGGCUGUUCCAGGUAUAUGCCAUGCUGUGGAAAUCUGGUGAUCCGAGACCCUCAUACUAUCAGCAGUCUUGAUUGGGAUCUCAGUGGUCAGCACAGCCGGACAUUUAUCAGCUUUACAGGACCUUUCAUCAACAAGCGGAAGGAAUAUUCAGAGAGGAGGAUCAUUGGCUAUUCCAUGCAGGAAAUGUAUGGUGUUGUGGCCAAUGUGAAUGAAUAUAAGGAAUUUGUUCCAUGGUGUAAAAAAUCAACUGUGGUCUCUAAGCGAGCAGGUCAUGUGAAGGCCCAGCUGGAAGUUGGAUUCCCUCCUGUUGUGGAACGUUACACUUCUAUUGUGACACUGGUGCAACCCCACUUGGUAAAGGCAGUCUGCACUGAUGGGAAGCUUUUCAAUCAUUUGGAGACAAGCUGGCGUUUCAGUCCUGGCAUUCCAGGUUAUCCUCGCACGUGUACCCUGGACUUCGCAAUCUCUUUUGAAUUUCGUUCUCUGCUGCACUCGCAGUUGGCUACAGUUUUUUUCGAUGAGGUAGUAAAGCAGAUGGUGGCAGCCUUUGAGCGCCGGGCAGCGAAGACUUAUGGCCCUGAGACCCACAUUCCUCAAGAACUCAUGUUCCACAAAGUGCACCAGACGUGAAGAGUGCCUGCUGCUUUGGUCACCAUGCGGACACUUGAAGCUGGGUGUUUGCUUGCAGCAUCCCCAGCUGUUUGUUUUUAUCUUAUUUAUUUGGUUUCCCCUGAUAUCCUGUUUAAUUUAUCCACUGGGCCUGGUGUGAUGACCAAGACUUAUUCCUAAGGAAAAGGUCAGAGUGCCAUGCUACCUCUGGAGCAACGUCUCAGUCUUCACUUUUGUUUUACUCGACCGGGCUUUUAUGCUCUGUCUUUUCUUUUUAGCAUACUUUAUUUGAAGCUUCUUUCUAUGAACCAUUACCACUGUGGCUGCCUUAGGUUGUAGUUUGUGCUGUUCCUUGACUUCUUGAGAAA